AUGGGUGUAUACUGGAUCCAGAACAGCAUCUUCUUCCUUAUUCUUCUCUGUUCAGGGACCCAAGAAACAUCCAACUUCCAAAAGUCAAAUUCAACUGAAGUGCGCCUUUUACAUUCCCUUAUGAAUGGGUAUGAAGCCAAAGUGAGACCUGUUCAGGACUGGAAAACGGUCAUCAAUGUCCAUGUAGACAUUACUAUUUAUGCUAUUCUCUCUGUAGAAGAGAAAAAUCAGCUGCUGACUACUUACUUUGUAUAUAAUCGGUACUGGAAAGAUGAAUUUCUACAAUGGAAUCCAAGGGACUUUGACAAUAUGACAAUUAUUUCCAUCCCUAAGGAGAACAUAUGGGUACCGGAUAUAAUGAUUAAUGAAUUUGUGGACUCAGGAAAACCCUUGGGACAUAGUUUUGUCUAUAUUAAAAAUACAGGACUGGUAAAAUUCCAAAAAACAAACAGGGUUUCUACCAUGUGCAUGUUUCACACCUACUUCUUCCCUUUUGAUGCCCACAACUGUACUUUAAGUUUUCGCAGCCAACUACACACAACCAAACACAUCAAUAUGUCGAUAGGGAGAACAGCUAAAGAUGUGAAGAAGGAGCUGAGUAAGUUUUAUAAUCAAGGAGAAUGGGAGCUUGUCAAAGUAUAUUCCACCUACACGUUAGAGACUGAUGAAGAUGAAGAAUUUGCAAUGCUGAUGUUUCACAUCAUCUUUAAAAGACAUCCACUGUACUAUGUUGUAAACCUGAUUAUUCCCAGCAUAUUGCUCAUGAUUUUGGACAUUAUUGGAUUCUACCUCCCUAUUGAGAGCGGAGAGAGGAUUACAUUCAAGGUUACUCUACUACUGGGUUAUUCAGUAUUCCUCAUCAUAGUUACGGAUGCAUUACCGGCUUCCGCCCACACUACUCCUAUAAUAGAUUCUUAUUUCUUGGUCUGUAUGGCUUUAUUUGCGAUAAGCUUGAUGGAAAGUAUUUUUAUAGUUCGAAUAGUCAGUAAGAAAAAUAUCAAGACUAAAGUACCCACGUGGAUCAAAACUUUGGUUCUAGAAAAAAUAAGUAUCCUGGUUUGUAUGAAAGACAAAAACUGGCCCAUUAAGACAGCACAGAAGUUUUCUGAUACACCACAAGAUAUGGAGACCUGCAGUAAUGAUGAACUGACUAAAUACAAUGAAAACAGCGACACAGCCACACAGACACCUGCAGUGACUAAGAAACGUACAGAGAUACUGGAUAGCAUCUUCAAUGAGAUUGUGACCAUCCGGCAGUAUAUUAAGCACCAAAAUGAGGAGAGAACGUCCAAGGAAUGGCUGCUAGUCGGAUAUGUGCUUGAUAAGUUUCUUUUUUGGGUUUAUCUGAUAACAGUGAUGUCUUAUACUGUUACCAUGGCCAUAUGUUGGUCUUAUCAUAUAGCUGUAUAAGCUCUAAAAAUAAAAAGUUAGAUCAUUUCAAUUUUUCACAUUAAUAGUACAAGUAGAUAUCAGAAAUUUUACAACUUAUCUUACUAUUUAAACAUCUUAUUUUAGUAGCCUUUUGUCCCUAUUUCCCUGCUCCCUGUAGAUGUUUAGAAACCUUCUUAGUCCCAUAACACAGUAAACAAGGAAGAGGGGAGAGGAGGGGCUGCAGCUGAAACAGUAUGUCUUCUUUUUGUGUUUGUGGUUCUGCAAGCAAAGAAAAUAAAGUGGGAUCGGUACAGGUUGGUUGGUCCAGAAAACAGAAAGACACCGUCCACUCCAAAGGCAUGAAAGGAAAAAAAUAUGUAGGAUACAUACAACAUACCAUUCUACACUUGUAAUAUACAGAUGCCUAAAGAGUGGUUACCAAACUACGGUCAAUGAAUAAUAAUAAUAAUAAUAAUACCUUCUCAAUUCACUGUCAACCAAUGGAAUCCACAACAUGACUUAACAUUUUUUAUACUAAGGAAAAAUGUAUCAGCUUUUCCUGGAAAAUGUAGUCGACUGUUUAAGAAAAUGUUCUCAAGUAUAUAAUUUAAUAUGUCCCUAUAUGUGAAACUAUGGAGCUAUUAAGUAUAUUAAGAAAACAAUUUAUGA